AUGUCUUCAAAUCAACCAAACGCACGGAAUCAACCUUUCGCUUCGACGGAGAAUUUAAAUCACAAAUUCAAGCGUUGUUCAACAAAAAUUCAAAUCGACUCUCGCAUUUCCUCGCAUUUUUUCGAACAUCACGGAGCUGCACCGACGGAGCCAAGUAUCGGCUGUGUUAAACGUCAAGCUCGUUUGUUUCGAUUCAUUAUCAUGGGUCAGGAUUUAUUAGGAUUUGUGAAGGCCUUGUUAGGCUUGGUAGGCUUGUUAGGCCUGGAUUGGUUAGGAUUAGGUGAGGCCCAAGGGUUUGGUCGACCGGUUUGGGAUUAG